GGAGGGGCAUGUGGUUUGGCCUGCCCUGCAUAGAGGAGUCUAUAGUUGAUAUGGCAGAUACAACCAACUCACUAGGUAUUGGUGAUCUUGCCGAGAUAUUAGAUUUACUGAAGAAACAUGGAUAUUCUGGUGUUGAUUUCUACAAUCUUAGUCUCCAACUCGGCCUGCUCCCUCGCACACUUGAUGUUAUUGCUAAAAGUAACAGUGGAGAUGUUAGUAGCUGUCUAAGAGAGUCUUUGAAGGCUUGGCUGGAGCAAGCUGAUAACGUAGCUAGUAAUGGUGGCCCGACUUAUUUUACGUUAAUAAGAGGACUGAAGAAAACUGAACAGAAUGCUGUAGCUGACGGGAUUGAUGGAGAAAAACAUCCAUCUUGUGAUAUUCUUGCUCGCUACAAAUCAGACCAGUCAGUUCAGGAAUUGCUGCCUAAAAUUGCUUUAUUCUUGCACAAAGAAGGCAUCAUCAAGGAAAUAAUGCUACCAGCUACAGCGCAAGCAUUAAUGAAUGCGGUCACAGAGUCUGUCUGUGCUGAUCAUAGUAAUAUUCAAAAGUUUGCUGCUAUUUUACAGAAAUUUGUCUCAACCGUAUCAGUAGGAUAUGCAAUUGAUAAUGAAUACAAAAAGAUAUAUGAAGGUGAUAAUAUGCUAGUAUUGACUGAAGGAGACAGCAAGCUUGCGAUAUACAUGCCUCAAUCCUUUAAUGCGGAGUUUAUUGACAUGCGAAUCAAGUUUGGCCAGACUUUUCGUAAAGUUUUAAAAAUUUUAAAAACGUGCCCAUCCGCAGUCGAAGACUUGAGGGAAUUGCUUAUAUUUUCGUAUUCCGACUUUAAAGCCAGAUUAACACAGUGCCACAAUGUGUCUUGCAUUUUAGAGCUGAUCCACGAGAAAUGCUCUCUUAUUAAUAUUAGCCUGCUAGAGUCCAUCAUGAAUGAAUUAGAAGUUAUAGAAGCUGUGGCAAUAAUUAGCGAGUACAAGGCAAGCAUUGAGACAUUUCUUCAGUCUGUUUCUCUUUGCCUUUCUCUGAAUGAAAAGUUCUCCUCUUUACCUUCCCUUCGAUGUGAAACAGCUACCAUUUAUGUCGGACGAAAUGUUGACGACUGCACCCUAAAUGACAUUAUGGAAUUAGUUUCACUUGCUGCAGACCGAUUGUCUAAAAGGGUAACGUUGGUCGUUGUCAGAGAGGGUAACUCCUUUACCAUCACUUUCUCUUUUCCUGUCUUUCUCUCUGAGUCUCUUAUUGCUACUGCACUUGAUAAUAUUGACUCACUCAUUGAGAGAGGAGUAAAGAGACUGACCAUUGGAUAUGGUGUUGUAUAUGAGGCAGCCAAUGAUAGCAAUGGAAGCUCUUUAGAGAAAUGCAUAUCCUCAGUUUACAGUAAUGAUGGCACAUUGCAGCAGUUGUUGGUGUCACAGAAUAUACUGUUGUUAAAUAGUCAAGAGGAGCUGACUAGAAUUCAGAAGAAGGGUGUACAAGAAAAACAAGUAACAGAGUCUGAAGGAGGCAUAAUCCAAGCUCAAGCGUCACCUGAUGAGCAGUGGGUUAUAGAUAAAGAUGAGGUGACUUUGACAAAGGAGGAGUUGGGAAGAGGAUCGUUUUCUGUCGUUACAGUUGGUAUCUUUAGAGGUUUAAGAGUAGCUGUCAAGUCACUUUACGAUGAUGUCAUAUCAGAUGAAAAUAUAGGUCUCUUCACCAGGGAAAUGAGUAUAGUAUCACGAAUACGUCAUCCUAACCUGGUCCAGUUCAUUGGUGCAACCAAGGUGGGUAGUCCUCUCAUUGUGACUGAGCUGAUGAGCACUAACCUCCGGAAAGAGCUUCCAAGGACCUCAUUAAGGAAGCAGCAGAUUCUCAGUAUUGCUCAAGAUGUAGCUUUAGGCCUCAACUACCUUCACCUGUUUAAGCCUCAGCCCAUUAUUCACAGAAAUGUCAGCAGUCUUAAUGUAUUUCUCAAUCCUUCAACAAGUGAUGCUGAAUUCACAGCUAAACUGAGUAGCUAUGGUACAACUAUUGAUCUUGAAGGUACUGUGGGCAAUGCUGCAUAUGCUUCACCUGAGGCUCGUGAUCCUGAUCAGCAAAGUCCCGCAAUGGAUGUCUACAGUUACUCUGUUCUUCUUCUGGAAAUGACUAUCACCAGACCACCAGCAACAUCACUCUCUGAGAGAAAUCGACAAGUUCAAACUGCUAGUACUGCCUGGCCUGCAAUGAAGCCUAUCAUUGAAGAUGGUAUCGCUGUUGAUCCAAGAGCCCGUCCUACAAUGAGCAUCAUAAUGGAAAAAUUAAAAAAGAUUAUUGUUUCUCCUAGAGACUUUCCCAAACGUUCCGAUAGACCUACUAAUUAAUAUACUCAUUUUAUCAGUUUCAAAACCCUUAACAUAUUAACAUUUGCUCAUA